AUGAUUUGUAAGGAACAAAGUAAAAAAAGAUUAUUUGAGGGUUUCUUCAAUUUCACAAAAACGAGGAAAAUGUCAACCGCACGUGGAACCAAAACAAAAGUCUCUUCAAAACGAAAAAAUGAUUUGUCGAAGUCUCUUGAUUUGUCACAAAUUGAUGAAGGGAAGCUUAAAUUGAUGCAAGACAAGAUACUUAAUUUCUAUUACAGUAAAGGAAGACAACUCCCGUGGCGUGAAACAACGGACAAAUAUCAUAUAUUGGUGAGCGAGGUGAUGCUCCAACAAACACAAGUUUCAAGAGUGUUAGAGAAGUACAAACAAUGGAUGCUAACAUAUCCUACACUCCAAGAAUUGUCAAAAGCACCACUCAAAGACGUUUUGGAGCUGUGGAGUGGCUUGGGUUAUAAUUCUCGCGCGAAGCGCCUUCGCGAUUUAGCGGUGGAAGUUGUUACAAAGCACAAAGGGGUGUUUCCGAACACCGUUCAAGAACUUUUGAAACUACCUGGAAUUGGGCCAUACACUGCCAAUGCCGUAUUCAUCUUUUCAGAGAACCGUGACAUCGCGACUGUAGACGCUAACAUCCGCCGUAUUUUAAUAUCGGAAAUGGGCAUACCGGAAGACUCUGGUGAUAAAGAGUUGUUUGCUUAUGCCCAGAAAUGUCUUCCACUUGGGAAAAGUCGGGAUUGGCACAAUGCUCUAAUGGAUUACGGUGCAUUAGUCGCGACUGGAAAGAAGACUGGGGUGACAUCGAAAACAAAGCAGAGUAAGUUUGAAGGGUCGAGGCGGUUUUAUCGUGCAGAAUUACUCCGAAGAGUUAGAGCAAACGGUGGGGAGCUUGACAUUGGUAAGUGUGAGGAAGUUGUCAAGGGGACAAAGUACACCGUUGACGACGUACUCAGUGGUUUAGUUCAAGACGGGCUGCUUAUAUAUAACGGGCACGUCGCCGUUCUGUCACAAUAA